AUGCCUGCUUCACCUAUUACAGAAAGAAAGCCGGUCAAAGACCUACAAAAGGUCUUCCACUAUACGGAUGCCAUGAGCCGCAAGCCGACAAGAGAUAACGAUCCCUACGAAUACCAGGCUGGCUUCGGCAACCGUCACCAAUCCGAGGUCAUCCCCGGAACACUGCCAGCAGGUCAAAAUAACCCCCAGGAGGCUCGCUUCGGCUUAUACACGGAAGGAAUUACAUACUCUGCCUUUGUAGCUCCACGACAUGUCAACUUCAGCACAUACAUGUACCGUGUGCGGCCUGCAGCAGCUCACAAUGGCUACAAGGCCAACAUCCCCCACAAGUCCGAUAUCGAAAACUGCCUAAUGACCCUUAACCCCAGAGUGGCGACUCUGGCGGAACAAGGCGAAUGGGCGCCUUUCCCACUACCUAAGGAAGACGAGAAGAUCGAUUUUGUCGACGGACUGCACACCCUCGGAGGAAGUGGAGACCCCAACCUGCGCGAGGGAAUCGCACUCUACGUUUACAUGAUCAACGCCGACAUGGACCAACGAGCAUUCUGCAACACAGAUGGCGAUUUUUUGAUCACCGCCCAACUGGGAAACCUGGAUAUCCAGACCGAGCUUGGAAAGCUAUUCGUGCAGCCCGGGGAGAUCUGCGUUAUUCCUCGAGGCAUCCGCUUUUCUGUUCGUCUGGGACCAGGACACAGCGUCGCUCGCGGAUACAUCACAGAGAUCUGGGGUUCGCGAUGGGAACUACCUGACCUAGGGCCCAUUGGAGGACAUGGUCUGGCCAACCCUCGCGAUUUUUUGCACCCGGUGGCCUUUAUCGAUGACAAUCUGCACGAAGACUGGGCUAUCGUCAACAAGGCAAAUGGUCUGUACCACGCAAUCGAGCAGGAUCACAGCCCGUUCGAUUUAGUCGCUUGGCAUGGAAAUGUCGUCCCUUACAAGUAUGACCUGACGAAAUUCUCCUCUCAAAACUCCACUUCGAUCGACCACACCGAUCCCUCCAUCAACACCGUCCUUACCGCCGCCUCUCGCGACCCGAACACUCCCCUCGCUGAUUUCCUGUGGUUCGGACCUCGGUGGGAUGUUGCAUCCAAUACCUUCCGUCUACCCUACUUUCAUCGCAACUCGGCCACCGAGUUCCUCGCAUCUCUAUAUGGGAAUGGACUGGGUCGUUCGGAUGACUUCUUGCCUGGUGGCGGAAGUGUGGAGAUAAGCCAUACACCGCAUGGCAACUUCAGUGAGGAUUAUGUAUAUGAGAUGCAGAACCAGGUCAAUCAGCCUCGGAAGAUCCUUGAGAACCAAAUGACCAUCAUGAUUGAGAGCAGUCGGUCGUUCUUGUUCACGGAGUAUGCCCGCACUGGCUGCGGCACUUUCAAGAACCAAGGAACUGAUCCGAAGGUCUGGGAUGCAUUGCCGGAUAAGUUCUCCUCGUACCCCAAUAUCCAAAAGAUCCUCCAGCGUGCCAAGGAGGACCGGGAGGCUCGCAAGCAACGCCUUGAGACAUUCUACGAUGAUGACCGACUGGCAGAACUGGCUCGUCAAUAG